AUGGUAUCACCAAAACAACCGACUGGUUCCUUACCGUCUACCGGAAACAAGAGGCCAUCAUCUUCAUCUGAUGAUGUACCUCCAUUUUCGAAGCAUCCAGACGUGGAUGAUGCACCUCCUUCUGUGAAGCGUCUAAAGGAGUUACACUCAACUGAUCAACCAGAACUUGAAGCUGGCAACGUAGCUGACCAAAAAGUUAACGACAUAGCUGAUGAAAAGGCUGAGGCCGCGGCUAACAACCCAACAGUAGAGGUUAAUAAGACUUUUUUGGCGGUUGGUGCGAACAAAGACACUCCUGCUGCUGUGAUGACUGCGAACCAAGACACUCCUGCUGCUGCGAUGACGUGCUUUAUAUGGCUUGUAGAUGUAGUGCUCUACAUUUGGACUGCCUUGACUUUCCUGAUUGUUCAACAGUUUAAGUCUCAUCAAGGCAAGUGGGUGGCUUUGCUUGAUAGAAAAGGAAGCGGCCAUGUGCAAGUCAAUGGAAAGACCAUCAGCAAAUAUUAUUUUUGCUUUCUCAAUUCAGGCGAUGAAGUUGUCUUAAGUCAAGCAGAAAAUAAUGUUUACAUUGUUCAGUUACUAUUGGAGUCGCCAUCAGAUGUUGGGACCAGUUCCGGAAAAGGAAAACUGUUGAAUAUCGAAAACCAGGUAGAAGAUGCUUUAGCUAUUGCUCGUGCUUUUGAUUUGUCGGUAUUUCCAAACCCAUGUCGAGAUCUAUUUUCCUUGAAACCGACAUCUCAGCUUGAUGGCCUUGAAUUAGAAUCAGCUGCAAAUAUCGGCAGCAAUAAUGCUGCUGAUUUUGAAUUAUCCAUUGGUACAGGAUUAAUGCUUGCUUCAACUUCAGAGAUGUCUUCAAAAUCUGCUGCAGUUAUUGAAAAACUUUAUGCUGCAAUCAUUGACGGACAAAAUAUAGAAGUAUCAUUCGAUGACUUUCCGUAUUACUUAAGUCUCCUCAUGGUAGCUGCAGGAUUUGUAUCUAUUUACAAAGCUGCUUUGCUAUCACUGAAGAUGUUUGCUUUAUUCUGUCCGAAUCUAACAAGAGUAGAUGAUAGCUUAACAAUGAGCUUCCUGCAGUCAACCCAAGAAUUUUGCUUUCUAGUCCUGCAGGAUCAGAAAUAUAUCCAGGAGAUUCUGGUGAAGGCACUUGCACAUUUUUAUGGAGCCAAAUUGCUCAUUUUUGAUAGCGAAACUUUUAGACUAUCUGUGAAGGAUGCUGAGCCAAUCGAAGGCACUGAAGCAUCAUCUAGCCCAACUGCUAAUGACAGUAUAUCCUCUUUAGCCGGGCCAUCAAAAAACACCAUCUUUAUGACAGGUAUUGACUGCCCUUUGCCAGUGAAUUGUACUUUAUCUCCUGUACCACAUCUUGUUCUGCAACCGCCCAUUCAUAUGUUUUCGGGCCCAGCAUUUGGAACUAGAGGGAAGAUUGUAUUGUCUUUCAAAGAUAGUCCAUCGGCAAAGGUUGGCGUCCAAUUUGAUAAACCCAUCCCAUGUGGCAUUAAUUUAGGUGGUCUUUGCGAAGAUGCUCACGGAUUCUUUUGCAAAGUCGAUGAACUGCGCUUAGAAGGCACUGGACAGGAUGAUCUGGAAAAUUUACUAGUUAACACAUUGUUUGAGUCACAACCUAAAGGAUCUCUCUUCACCAAAUUGGGCAGCACUUUAUAUGAGCUCGCCUUCCCGGAUAGUUUUGGGAAGAUGCAAGACAAGGGGAAACAGGUUGCAAGCACAAAUAAAUUUUUGACAAAACUUUUCCCAAAUAAAGUGGUUAUCUACAUGCCGCAGGAUGAAGCACUUCUGUCUACUUGGAAACAACAACUGGAUCAAGAUGCUGAAACCCUAACAGUGAGAAAUUUUAAUAGCUUGAAAACAGUUCUAAGCCGGAUUGGGUUAGAAUGCAACGGACUCGAGACAUUGUGCAUCAAAGACCAUAAUUUUUCUGUUAAAAGUGCAGAGAAGGUUGUUGGAUGGGCGUUGAGCCAUCAUUUGAUGCGGAACACUCAAGCAGAUGUUGACAUGAGGCUUGUCUUAUCUCCCGUUAGCAUUCGGUAUGAGUUGGAACUCUUACAAGCAAAGCAAAAUGAUACCAAGAGCUUGAAGAAGUCACUCAAGGAUGUUGAGACAGACAAUGGGUUUGAGAAGGCACUUUUAGCUGAUGUCAUUCCCCCCCCCCCCCCCAGUGAUAUUGGGGUGACAUUUGAUGAUAUCGUUGCACUUGAAAGUGUCAAGGAUACAUUAAAAGAGCUGAUCAUGCUUCCAUUACAAAGACCUGAACUUUUCUCCAAGAAUCAACUAACCAAGCCCUGCAAAGGAAUACUUUUGUUUGGUACUCCUGGAACUGGGAAAACCAUGCUGGCAAAAGUCGUUGCCACUGAAGCGGGAGCAAAUUUUAUUAAUAUUUCAAUGUCAAGUAUCAGUUCAAAGUGGUCUGGCGAGGGUGAGAAAUGCAUAAAAGCUAUCUUCUCGCUGGCUAAUAAAAUUGAUCCCAGCAUUAUUUUUGUAGAUGAAGUUGAUAGUAUGCUGAGAAGAAGGGAAAAUCCAGAAGAACAUCAGGCAAUGUGCAGAUUGAAAAAUGAAUUCAUGCUGAAUUGGGAUGGGUUACGCACAAAGGAUACUGAACGAGUUCUGGCUGCAGCAACAAACAGGCCAUUUGACCUUGAUGAAGCUGUUAUAAGGCGACUGCUACGCAGGUUGAUGGUCAAUUUACCAGAUGCUCCAAACAGAGCAAAAAUUCUAAAAGUGAUACUCGCAAAAGAAGACUUGUCUCAGGAUGUUGAUCUGGAAUCAGUUGCAAGUAUGACGCGAUGAGGACUCCAUCGCUAUACCCACUGCGAUGCGACGCUGCCGAGAUGAGCUGCUGGAAUCGUGAACCAAACAUGACCCAAUCCUGAUUCGAAAAAUUCAAAAUUUCUCCGAGACAUGCUCCU